AUGGCACAGUUCUCUGAUAUUUAUUCCUCUUCAGCUUAUGAAGGGGAUACUCUUGAUCCUUUUUACUUCUCCUUUUCCAAUGAGACACAAUCGAGUACUCCUGACCCUACAGGAAGUCAAGGAACCCUUGACUCGGGGUCUGAUUCCGGCUUUCUUACUCCAUUACCUAUACUCUCUAUUCCCGAUAUACUUACGCGUGUUGGUCCUGGGCGGACAAAAACAUUCGUUCUAUACUCUGAUAUGUCAAAGGAUGAGUUUGUUGCUUGGUGGCUAAACACGGAAUUUGGGAAGAAGAAAAAGAUUAAUUGGAGUUACCAACACAUAGCCAGUUGCUGGAGCCAAUUCGAUCAAGUGGCUGAUGGUAAAACUGGUAAACCUGGUGCUAUGUGUAAUCAAUGCUUUAAGGUUCUUGAGCAUCCAGCUUAUUGCCGCUCUGGAACAUCAUCCCUUAACAAGCAUAUCUCUGGGCCAACUUGUCGGAAGUCUUCUUCGAAAAAACCAAAUAUAAAGCAGCUCCUAGCAAAGGCGGGGCAUAAUGCACUCUCCGAACCUAAAGUCUUUACACAGGAAGUAUGGGAGCGGAAGCUUCUUCGACUUCUUGCUAUAUCACGUCUCCCCUUUCAGUUUAUCGAGCACCCCGAGUUCCAUGAGGUCAUUUCCCUUUCACGACUUGCGCCGAUACAUCCAGUAAUCCCUUCUGCAAAGACAAUCCGAUCUCGGCUACGGGAUUUUGUAAAAGAGCAGCAACAAGGCCUUCCCCAGAAGCUCCCUCAGGACGCAAAGCUUUCUCUCGCAAUAGAUUGUUGGACGUCUCCGUUUUGA